AUGGUUGUAGUGACUGAGGACAUGCCAAGGAUACCGGCUGGUGACAGACCGCCGGACACAGGCGGCGUGUCCUCUCCUCCCAUCACGACGGCGACCGAACCAAGGACACCGGCUGGUAACAGACCGCCGGACACAGGCGGUUCGGUCCCGCAUACGAGAGAUGAGCCAAGGAUACCGGUAGGUAACAGACCACCGGACACAGGCGGCUCAGCCUCGACCACAACAGGAGGUGCGCCAAGGAUACCGGUUGGUAACAGACCGCCGGACACAGGCGGCGCACCCCUGACAACGAGACCCAGCAUGAUGCCCACCUCAACCAGGCGGGCCACGCCGGUGAGGCCGCGCGGGUCCGGAGACAGACUCUCCUUCCCGUUGCUGCCUCUAUCCGUGCCCCGCCGCGAAUCGCCACGAAACGAGGGGUACAACAUCGUUGUAGCGUCCCCGGAGCUAUGGCGGCCGCGAGAUACAUCUCCGGCCCCAAGCAGUAGUUCUGCUUCUAGUGGUGUAGCGGCGGAAAACGACGACAUGCUGGGUGUCGACCUGCUGGGCCUUGACGCCGGAAGUGCCGACGUCAACGGUGAGGAGCAGAUCCUCUCGCCCGACGACACGACUCCUCUGCACGCGUUCAGACAACGCUUCAUCGACCUGAGCAGGGAGUCGUGUUCCGACGAGGUGUGGACAAGGUUUGUCGUCCUCGUCGAUGAGAUGACCGCCGAGGCCGCCGUCAUUGUGAAACUACCCGCCAGGCCUGGGGGUCAAUCCUCAGGCAACAACAGGACUGCAAUCGACCCGACCGAUGCUAAGGGGAUUCAGUCCUUAUACAGGCGGAAUAGACGGCGUGCUGUUCGGCUCAUCUUGUCGGGUGAGGGUAAAACAUGCGAAGUUGCGGUACCAGAGGUCGAGGAGCACUUCAGGAGAGUGUGGGCACCGUCGACAUGUGAUGUUGACAUCUUUCAGCAGGUGGACGGCCGUGACCCAGUGCCGAUGGGCCCGUUCCAGUGCGCCGACGUUUCCAAACGGCUUGGGAAAUUCGAGAAUACGGCGCCUGGGGACGACGGGCUCACAUACCGGCACUGGAAGAAACUCGACCCGGAGUGCACGGUCCUAACGGAGGUGAUCAACAUGUGCCUCCGUUACAGAAGAGUUCCACCUGCAUGGAAGAAGGCGGUGACGGUCCUCAUUUUCAAAAAGGGGGCCAAGGAGGACCUCGGCAACUGGCGGCCCAUCUCACUCAGCCGUACCUUGUACAAAUUGUAUGUGGGAUGUGUCGCCAACCGCCUGACUGUGUGGCUCACGACAAAUAAGGUCCUCAGUCAGUGCCAGAAGGGGUUCCUCCCGGCGGAUGGUGCGUUCGAGCACGUCCACACCCUUAACCGGGUGCUCGAAAAGGCCAGGACGCACGCUGCAGACAAAUGCGUGGCCUGGCUGGACGUGUCGAACGCUUUCGGGGCAAUCCCACAUCCGGCCCUCGAAGCGGCGAUCCGGAGUAGCGGUGCCGGCGCCGACUUCCUCGAGGCCGUCCGCGAYAUWUACGACGGUGCCUCCUCGUCGGUGAGUGUGGCCGGAGGGAUGACGGCUGACAUCCCAGUCCAGUCCGGCAUCAAGCAGGGGUGUCCACUGAGCGGUCUUCUUUUCAUCAUGGCCAUAGACCCAGUAGUGACACUCCUGCAGGGUGAGUCCGCCGACCACAGGGUGCUCGCCUUCGCGGACGACUUAUGCCUAAUAGCCAGCAGCGCUACGGAGCUCCAAGCGUCCAUCGACGCGGCCCACCAGGGCCUGGGCAGGCUUGGGCUCCAGCUGAACGCCGCGAAGUGCGCGUCCCUCCACCUGUCCGGUCGGCGGCCGGUUGGCGUCCGGGACACUCGGUUCAUGCUGCAGGGAGCUCCACUUCGCCCGCUUGCCGAGGGCGAAGCUGCCACCUUUCUCGGGGCCCAGGUAGGUUUCAACAUCGUGCCGCCUCUGUCCACCCUCGCCGAAAUAAUUGAUAUAGGUCUGCGCAUCGCCAGGAGCAUGUUGGCUCCUUGGCAGAGGAUCGAUGCGCUGAAAACAUUCUUCUACCCCUCGACCGUCCAUUUACAACGGUUGGGGGUAUUCCCCAAGACUGACUGGGCGAGGGUCGACAAAAUCAUGCGGCCCGAAAUCAAAAAGACGUURUACCUACCGCAAGAGGCCUCGGGAGAGUUUAUAUACGGCUCCACAAGAAGAGGUUGCUGUGGCAUACGGGUCCUGGCCGAGGACGCAGAUAUUGCCGCCGUGGACAGCGCCUUCAAGCUGAUUACUUCGCCGGACCAGAGGGUUGCAGAGGACGCGGCCGAGCAUGUGGAGGAGGUCACCAAGCGGCGAAUUUCAAAGGACCCCUCCAUCCAUGAGGUCGGCUCCUACUUGUCMGGCGAAGACGAGGGCGUGUUCCGGGAGGCCCGGGGCACAGGAGUGUCGAGUGUGUGGUCGAGAGCGCGGAACGCCUCCAAACGACUGGGCGUCAAAUGGUCGUUGGAUGGUGCCCCCUCGGUCGCACACGCAGGUACGGUGAUGGGAAGGAAGCAGAGGAGGGCGGUCAUGAGGACAAUUCGCGACACUCUUCGGCUCAAACGAAGCGAURCCUUGAUCGCCAAGCCCGAUCAAGGCAGAGCCGUCGAGUGCGUGGCCGCUCACCCUGCCUCUUCCCACUUCCUCAAGGAAGGCGACUUCACGAGGUUCGCCGAUUGGCGAUUUGUCCAUCGAGCCAGGCUGAACCUCGUGGCGUUGAACGGCUCCUCAUCGUGGAGAUCCGGUGACCGCAGGUGUCGGCGGUGUGGGUACAUUAAUGAAAGCUUAGCCCACGUCGUCGAUCACUGCAUGCGGUACACCGCUCUCUACAUGGGGAGACACAACGCCAUUGUCGCCAGAAUUAGGAAGGCUGCGUCUACGAAGUUUGAGGUCCUCUCCGAGAAUCAAGUCCUGGGCGACCAGGGCUUGAGACCGGAUUUAGUUCUGAAGAAGGGCCCAAACAUUUUUAUCGUAGACGUCACCGUGCCAUUUGACAAUCGCCUCGCGGCCUUCGAAGCUGCGGCGGCGGAUAAGAAGGCCAAGUACGAGCGGCUGCGAGAUGACUUGGCGGCUCAGCACAGGUGUGAGGCUGUGGUGGUGCCUUUCAUUGUGGGUGCCCUUGGUGCUUGGGACCCUGCCAAUGAAGAUUUCAUGAGGGUGCUGUGCAGCCGUUCGUAUGCCACCCUCAUGCGUAAGCUCUGCGUCAGCGACACUAUAGCUGCCUCCCGAGACAUAUAUAUUGAGCACCUCUCGGGAGUGCGUCAGGUCAGGCCUUAA